UAUUCAAGACUUGAUAAAGCAACUAACAAUGGCAUUCUAAGAACUACUUUCCAACCACUGGAAAUCAAAAGAAAAAUCUCAAUCAGACUUGCCUCUCUAGCACAUUCUUGAUUAUUCAUUCUCAGCCUAGUAACGAGCUGGUUUUGGUUUUGAGUAUAGUUGCUAUCCAUUUAUGAAAACUGUGCACGUGACAUGUCGUUUUGACGAAAAAAUGAAGCUGACUUGUACGUGAAGGGACGUCUUGAGGUGGUUCAAGUGUCUUAUCUUAUUCGUUUAUAAUUUAGUUUGUCAUCAGCACAUGUGAUCGCAGUUCAGGAAAGAAGAAAACUGAAGAGGAGAUGAAAAAUAUGAAAGGAAGAAUCCUUAUGAAACUCAAAAACAUUUCAACAAUCACUCAGAAACAAGGCCUAGUUUUGCACCCAAAUUCAUUCUUUCAAGCCUCAACUCCUCACAAAGAACACAGCAAUGACAACCUUCCUAACUUAGUAGCCAGCAAUAUCAGUAUAUCAGAACUUGCAAACAAUGUACCGGAUGCCGAAUUUUCUUCUGUUUCUAAUGUGAAUAACGAAGAAAAAUUUCGACCCUAUAUAAGAUCAACAGAUCAUGGUCAGCCUGCCAUAGAUCAGUUACAAUUAUUGUCUGAGGUUGAUGAUUUAGUAGAGUUUGGCGAGUCAGCUUGUCGUCCAACGAUAGGAGAAUUCGAGGGCCAUUCUAAACUCAUCCCUUUACCUUGCUUCAAGCCGAGAGACAUGGAAGAUUCUAGAAACUGCGAAAGAAAGGAAGAAAACUAUGGAUCCCCAUCUAUAUCAGAUUUUGAAGAGAAAUGUCCUCCAGGUGGAACUGAUUCAGUCAUAUUCUACACCACAAGCCUGAGAGGAAUUAGAAAAACUUUCGAAGACUGUAAUGCGAUCCGCUUUCUUUUGGAGAGUUUUCGAGUAGUAUACUAUGAGAGAGAUGUUUCGAUGCAUUUGGAAUAUAGAGACGAGCUGUGGAGAGUACUUGGUGGUCGAGCAGUUCCCCCUAGGCUUUUCAUUAGAGGUAGAGACAUCGGAGGGGCUGAUGCAGUCGUAGGAUUGCAUGAAAAGGGAAUGCUAAGAAAACUCUUACAAGGGAUAUCCUUAACUCAAUCGAAUUCUCCUUGCAAUGCUUGUGCUGGAAUGCAUUUUGUUUUAUGUUUCCACUGCAAUGGCAGUCGAAAAAUCACUUCAGAUGGGCAAGUAAAUGGAUUAUCAUCCAUAAGGUGUCCAGACUGCAAUGAAAAUGGAUUAAUUAAGUGCUCAAUUUGCAGCUUGAACUAAGUGAUUUUUUCUUGAGAUUUCUUGAUGUUUGUAGAUAUUGUACUGUUCUAAUAGCGGUCUACAUUGUUUAAAUGACCAAAACUACAAAUCUAUCUGUUAGUCCUUUUCGUUCUUUCUUGUUAUUCGAUAUCUCGUUUGUACAAGUUUUUUCUUUAUUUCUAGGACCUCUUGUGAGUUGGUCGAAAAGGCGAUUCAAAGACUGCUUCUAGCUGCACUUGAUAUUUCCCUCAAGUUUACAUUGAUUUGUAAACCAAGAAUCUUUGC